AUGAUGGCCAUUGCAAACACCGGCACAUUGCUAAUAGUGGGACCGCAGCAUAAGAUUGCGCGCAUAAACCGUGCGAUUGGCGCCACAUAUCAGACCGACGGUCAGUAUGUCAUGGAUUGCCGUUUAGUGAUGCCAUUGCCGACCGUAACACUCACUAAGUUAUCGCCGGUUACGGCAUUAGAAUAUAAUCAAUAUGGGCUUAAUUAUACGUUAAAAAUAUUGUAA